AUGGGCCUGAUCAAUCAAAGCGUAAUGCGGGCUGUACUGAGCAGUCUUCUGCUCCGACCAGUACUCGGAGUCCCAAAUCUGUCUCAGAUCUUCGGGCGAGAUGCCGCAUCAACUACUACCGCAGCCGCCAACGCAGCAACAACCUGUAACGGCCGAACGGAGUACUGUACGCGCCCCUACUCGAACAUCACAUUCAUAGGCUCGCACGACUCAGCCUUUGUCGGAUCUCUCCCUCAGCAGAACCAGAACAUCAACAUCACUGCGCAGCUCGACAUGGGUAUUCGUUAUCUGCAGGCGCAAACACACAAGUCGCUGCUCGACGACAGCGUCUUAGAGCUUUGCCACACGUCAUGUCUGCUCGAGGACGCAGGAUCACUUGAGGCAUAUCUUGCUACUAUCAAGGGCUGGCUAGACGACAAUCCCAACGAAGUGGUGACGGUCCUGCUGACGAACGGGGAUUCGUUAGAUAUUUCUAUCUUCGGGAGCACGUUUGUCAGCGCUGGGAUUGAUACUUAUGCAUUUGUGCCUUCUUCUGAGCCCUUGGCGUACGCCGACUGGCCUACGCUUGGCGAUCUGAUUGACAGCGGAAAGAGACUAGUUGCAUUCCUCGACUACGGUGCCAAUACAAGUAAAGUAGAUUACAUCCUCGAUGAAUUCGCUUACUAUUUCGAAACACCAUACGAUGUCACAGACUCUACCUUUUCAAACUGCAGUAUUGAUCGACCUGCUGGCGUCUCCGCCUCGGGACGAAUGUACCUCGUCAAUCACUACCUAGACCUGGAUAUCUUUGGUAUUGAUAUUCCAGCCCGCGAAGCAGCAGCUACCACGAACGCUGCGACGGGAGAUGGUAGUCUGGGAGCUCAGGCAACGGAGUGUGAGGCGCUGUGGGAUCACGUUCCGAAUGUGAUGUUGGCGGAUUUUGUGGACAAGGGGCAGGUCAUUGAAGCACAGAACGACUUAAAUGGGUUUACCUCGUAA